GGCACUGUAUAAUUUUUUGUGGUGGCAGUACAUACAUAUGCUGGUAAUAGUUUUAUAACAGUUUCUUCAAACAGGAAUCAUGCAGAAGUCUGAGGCAGAGAUCUUUCUAGAGGCACACAGAGCUACAAUAAUUAAAAAGGCAAGGAAUGUCAGUGGCUUAGUGGAUUUUCUGCAGCAACAGAGCUUUCUAACAAACGAAAUGGCUAGCAACAUCUGUGUUGAAACAACGGAUCCGAAGAAAAUGCGUGAACUAUAUAAACAUCUGAACUGCACCAGUGGAUAUGAGUUAACACUAAAAUUGCUUGAGAAGAAUGAGUCUGAUUUAAUUAAACAAUUAAAGCAAGAAAAGGGCCAAACACACAGUGGAGUACGAAAGAGGUUGAGAAGUUCUGAUGGUGCAAAAGAUGUGGAUGAAUUGGACAGUGACCUUAAAAUCUGUUGUCCCAAGACUCUUACAUUGGCCAAACUAGAAAGAUGGGUCUCUCAUCCUGAAAACAGCCCCAAGCUUAUCAGUAAAUUGAAAGAAAAACUUGGAGGUUUGGAGGCUCUGGAAAAACAACUUAAGGAUAAAAAGCUGAAAAAAGCUUUACUCUUCAAUGCUGAUGAUGUCAAGAACAUUGAAAAAAACAGAGAACUUCUUCAAUUCUUUGAGAAAAUUAGAAAUUUGCUUCAAUAUCAGAUGUGGGUGUGUGGUAUUAAACAGGCAGUGGUUAUAAUGAAUCAGGGAGAAAAGAAGGUUAUGUAUGAAUCUUUUGAUUCAAUUCUGCAGCGCUGUGAGAGGCUAGUUUUUGAAGCCCUAGCCCCUGCUCUAGCAGUGUUCAAAAACCUCCAGAGACAAGAGAAGUUCUUCUCUCUUUAA